AUCUCCAACACGCCUAAGAAAACCAAAAAAAACCAAUCUCCCUCUCCCUCCCUCCCUCCCUCCCUCUCUCUCAGUCACACCCAUAUAGAUUCACAGAUCCAAUCCAAGACCUUAAUCUAUCAAUUCGAUUCUUCUCUCGCCGAUCUCUAACCUCAAUUUCACAGAAGAUCGAGGGGUUUUAAUCGGUUAGAAUCGACCAUGUUUACGCGGCUCUUCGGAAAACCUAAACAGGAAACCAAUGCUCUAGCCACGCUAGACAAAUUAAACGAGACACUUGAAAUGCUAGAGAAAAAGGAGAAAGUACUUAUAAAAAAGGCUUCUGCAGAGGUUGAAAGGGCCAAGGAGUUUACCAGAUCAAAGAACAAAAGGGCGGCUAUUCAAUGUUUGAAGAGGAAGAGGUUAUAUGAACAGCAAAUAGAGCAGCUUGGAAAUUUCCAGUUGCGUAUCCAUGAUCAGAUGAUAAUGUUAGAAGGCGCAAAAGCAACUACUGAGACUGUAGAUGCAUUGAGAACUGGAGCUUCUGCAAUGAAGGCAAUGCAAAAAGCAACGAAUAUUGAUGAUGUGGACAAGACCAUGGAUGAGAUCAAUGAGCAGACUGAAAACAUGAAACAGAUCCAGGAAGCAUUGUCAGCUCCAAUUGGUGCAGCAGCCGAUUUUGAUGAGGAUGAAUUGGAAGCUGAACUUGAAGAGCUGGAAGGUGCUGAGCUGGAAGAACAGCUUCUUCAGCCUGCAACAACUGCUCCUGCAGCUCCAGUGCAGGUCGCAGCAGGCCCGCAACGUCGCCCUGCUCCGAAGCGUACAGCUGAGGAAGAUGAACUGGCUGCACUACAGGCUGAGAUGGCACUUUAAGCAGACUUUUGCAGGUAUUGUUUGGGUAUAAUUAUGGGAGGCUAUGUAAAGAAUUGGCCUUAUUGUUUGAUGGAGAUUUCUGCCCCUUCAGGCUUCAUGUAUUCUGUUUUCUUUGUCGAAGCAUUGGUAAACGGACAAUGUGUAUAUAAAGGUGGCAUUAAAUCAAACAAGUCGCCAUUCAAACUUGAAAUCUGCUCUUUCGAGCUUCCAAACAACUCUUAUUUUUUGGUUUCUUUUUUAUUUUUUAUUUUUAUGUGCUGUGGGCCUGUGAGGCCUUGUUUGAUAGCUUAAUGAUUCUCCCAUGUAAUAUAUCCAAGUGAAUCUCAAAUCAUCUUGGAGCCAAAUACAGUGAAAUGAAGAAAGUACCACCUUGUUGCUGUC